UACAGAGUGUGUGAACGUUUCGUCCCCAAAUGAUGGCCAAUGCCGCGGUCUCUCCAUCCAUAUCGCCAACGCGCCGAGGAUAUUAACGGCAAUUGAUGCGUCGACUCAUAUGUUUUGGAAAUGAUUUGUAUCGAGGUUCUUUGAUACCAAAACAUUAGGCUAUCCUAGAACUGUCCACAGUCAGACGUCGGUUCGGUGAACCAGCUGUGUGAGUGUUGACUAUUGUGAGCCCGGGGUCGGGUGAUAGCGCUAUCGGUCUGAUGCUGCAGAAAAUUCGCCAUUGUUUGGAUGAGCAAGUCGCUGGCCAAAGCUGAGAAUAAAAGACUUGUCUGAACCCCUUAUAUUGAAAGCUACCAUGCUCUCAGCGCUGCUUUAUCCGAUAUAUCUUCUAUGCUGUAUUCAGAGUGCUAUGUCCUUCCAGGUGACGGUACGAGAUGAGGACUGGAUCGUGGCGGCGCUGGAACCUUCCGACCUGCAGGAGAACGCCACGGCCUACGCCGCCCGGGUCACGGGAGAGCCCCAGAGGACACAGCUGGUCCAGUACCAGAACCUGAGCGACCCGUCGCCGCUGGUCUUCAACGCCUCCCACCACGGAAUGUGCUACACAGUGGGCUUGCUGGUCAAAGAGGGCAAGGCGUGGUCCAAACCAGUCAAGAUUGUGGCCAUCCUCACAAAGCCUCUUCCUGUGGACAGCGUGCUGAUCUCAGACUACAGGGAGUCCCCAGAGACCGGGGUGGUGUUUGAGAUCUCCUCCCCGCCCAACAACGUCUUCAGCCGGGUCAACAUCAGCUACACGGAGGGGAGGGAGCAAAGCUCCAUGCUCUACAAAGAUUUCUACAAGGGGAAGACGGUGUUCAGACACUGGUUGCCGGGGACGUGCUACAGCAACAUCACCUUCCGCCUGAUCUCGGAGGCCACGGUCAACAGGAGCACGCUGGCGCGCCGCAGUGACGUCACCCACGAGCCGCGCCACCACAGGACGGUGCCCAACCCUCCCCUCAACAUCUCCCGCAAGAUCGUCCACCUGAGCCAGAGAGGGGUCACCAGCGGCGUGCUCCCCGACGCCACGCCGUCCCGCAAGGCCCGAGACGUCCCCCUCAUCCAGGAGGAGGAGGAGGAGACCCAGGUGGGCGGGGAGGAAGCGACCUCGGAGGAAGCGCUGGGCGGGACCGUCGCCACGCGGCUCCUCGACAGCCUCGAGGACGGCGGCGCCAACGGCACGGACGGCGGCGCCAAAGCGGGCGCCAACGACACGGCCGAGGAGGAGAGCGUCACUCGGCCCUAUUGGCCGGAUCCUACGGGGAGCCCACCCCCUACGGAAGACGAGUUUGUCAACGCGGUGGUGACGGAGUACGAGGACUCCAACGAGCCGGGGUCGGCCAUGGGGCUGACCCCGGAGCCCUCCGUCACCCCCACCCACCUGCCCCCCAUCCUGUUGGAGCUGCGCUGGCUGCCCCCGCACCCCCCCACCUCCUACGACGGCUUCAACAUCUACCUGUACCGCGAUGGUAACUCCACAGAGACAGCUACGGUGGACGAGAACACUCACGAGUUCUUCACUGAGCUGACGGAACCGGGAAUUUACCGGGUUCUAGUGACCACGCUUAGUUCCUCUGGGGACUGUGAGCCCAGAGAGAGCACCGCUAACUCUGGCUUCACCUUCUACCUCAGUCCGAGCGGGGAGUGGCUGGAGCAGCCCCGCGAGCGGCCCCAGGCGGUCAGUGUGAGGAUGCUGGGCUCCAGCACGGCGGCCGCGGUGUCCUGGGGCUCCUCCGCCGAGAGCCACAACGGCAGCCUGGUGUCCGUCCUCUCCCUCACCUGCCUCAAGCCCAGCCUCAGCCAGCGCAUGGAGACCACCUACUGCAGCGAGGAGAACACCACCAGCGACAUCAUCAACAACCUGACCCCAGGGGCUCAGUAUAGGGUGGUGGUCUACCACACCAACGGACCCCUCGUCAGCCCCCCCUCCGAACCCGUCAUCAUCGACAUAGAGCUAACGGGAGUGCGGGAGCUGGUGGUGUACCCGCUGAGCCCUACGGCGGUUAUUCUGAGCUGGCAGAGGCGGUACCACGUAGCCUUCCGCAAGUACAUCCUCCAGACGUUCUUCUUCAACCCCGUCACCCUGGCUUCAGAGUGGACCACCUACUAUGAGAUCGCCGCCACCGGUUCCGUGGUCGCCUCCAUGAGAGUGACAGAUCUGCUGCCCGCCUGGUACUAUAGUUUCCGUGUUACCAUGGUGACUUGGGGCGACCCACCACUCAGUUGCUGCAACAGCCCCACAGUGAGCUACAUCACAGCCCCGGAGGCCCCCCACAUCACCUCCGUGGACUACUCCCAGGGCGUCCUGUACGUGCGCUGGACCUAUGGCGAGCUCUUCAUCGACCUGUCUCACUCCAGGAUGCUCCACUGGCAGGUGGCCGCCCAGGGCAAGAAGGGCCCCAAGAAGAACUACUCCAUCGAUGUGACUCGCAACGUGAUGCGGGCCAGCAUGCCUCUGCCACCUGGAGAUAUCUACAGUCUGACCGUGACGGCAUGCACCGAGCACAGGAGGAACGCCUCUGUGCCCAACGUCAUCAAACUAGAGCCUGCACCACCCAAGUCUCUGUAUGCUGUGAACGCCACCCACUCGUCUGUGACCUUGCUGUGGACGGAGGAUGGGGUGGUGGACUCCUACCAGAUCCUCUGCAAGAUCCUGGGACCCAACAAAGAGCUCAAGGCGCGGGAGCCCCAGACUGCCCAGUCCCACGUGGUAACAGUGCUAGACUUGCUGCCCUCUGUCUCCUACAACUGCACUGUGACCAGCUUCAGCUACAACACCCCCAGCAAACCAGCCUUCAUCACCAUCACGACUGUGGCUAAAGAGAUGAACCCCAGCGUGGCGGCCAUCUCGGCUCUGGCUAUCCUCAGUGUCCUCCUCAUCAGCCUCCUGGUCCUCUUCCUCCUGGUGCUGCGGCGGAAACAUCUCCAGAUGGCCAGAGAGUGUGGAGCAGAAACCUUCGUGAAUUUCGCUUCUUUCGAGAGAGACGGGAAACUGCCCUACAACUGGCGAAGAAGCCUGUUUGCCUUCCUUACCCUACUGCCAUCCUGCCUUUGGACUGACUAUCUUUUGGCUUUUUAUAUUAAUCCUUGGAGCAAGACUGCUUUAAAGAAACGGAAGCUUACAAGCUUGGUCCAACUGGAUGACUUUGACGCCUACCUGAAGGAAAUGAGCAAGGACUCUGCUUACAAGUUCUCCUUGCAGUUUGAGGAGCUGAAGAGUGUGGGACUGGACCUGUCCCAUGAUGCAGCUGACCUGCCCAUCAACAGGCCCAAGAAUCGCUACACCAACAUCCUCCCCUACGACUUUAGCCGGGUGAAGCUGUUCUCGAUGCACAACGAUGAGGGCUCCGACUACAUCAACGCUAACUACAUACCGGGUUACAAGUCCCCCACGGAGUACAUCGCCACCCAGGGCCCCCUCCCGGAGACGAGGAACGACUUCUGGAAGAUGGUGCUCCAGCAGAAGUCCCACAUCGUCGUCAUGCUGACGCAGUGCAACGAGAGGCGGAGGGUGAAGUGUGACCACUACUGGCCGUUCACGGACGAGCCGGUGUUGUAUGGAGAGAUCAGCGUGGAGAUGUUGUCUGAGACGGAGUCUCCAGAGUGGACCAUCAGGAACUUCCAACUAGGCUACGCUGACGAGUCUCAGGACGUGCUGCACCUGAACUACACGUCCUGGCCCGACCACGGCGUGCCCACGGUCAACGCCAUCGAGAGCAUCCUGCAGUUCGUCCACAUUGUGCGCCAGCAGGCCAACAGGACCAAAGACCCCAUCAUAGUGCACUGCAGCGCUGGCGUGGGGAGGACGGGGACCUUCAUCGCCCUGGAUCGUCUGAUGCAGCACAUACGGGAGCACGAGUUUGCGGACAUCCUGGGCAUGGUGUCGGAGAUGCGCUCCAACCGUCUCUCCAUGGUGCAGACCGAGGAGCAGUACGUGUUCAUCCACCAGUGCGUCAUGCUGAUGUGGAAGAAGAAGAAGCUGCAGUCCCUCACCAGCGACGUCAUCUACGAGAACGUCAGCAAGACAUAAAGACGCCGGUCCUACCCGACGCUGGGAAUACACACUCAACCUCCUGUGCUUGGGGCAUCUGUUUUCUGCACCGAGAUCCGCUUCGUCAUCAAGACCAAAAAAAGCAAACAAACGUGACAAAAAUACAAGAAAACACAAGAAGAAAAUGGAUUAUGUUUUUCAUUUGAAUUGGUCAAAGCAUUGGGAUGGAACAUUGCCUUAAGGAGUCUUCACUGACCGGCCAUUUAUUCAACCACCUUCAAGGUCAUUUAAUCCCCCACUCAACCAAACUGGCCAGGAUGUGAGGUAGGAGGGUGCUGGGGUUGUAGCGCAUCAUGCCUUCCCCUCCUGAGUGAAUGGAACGUCUUUGACCACAGACCCUCUUUGCAAGGGAGACUCCCUCCUUUCAGAAAACAAGAGGUCACAAAAUGGCUGAAUUGGUCGUCAAUUGGUCUGUCUGUCAGCAACUAUCAUUUGUUUUAUUUUUAUUUUUUAUCUCAGGAUUAUAGCUGGAAACCAGCAAGCACACAGGCCUACCCCCCCCCCCCCCCCCCCUCAACUGCCAUUGGUACAAUGUUGACACAUGUGUGCUUGAGUAGUUUUCCAGGUUUGUACUUUGGCUGUUUUAACGCAUUCAUCUUCAGCGGGCCCUUUUUGCCGUUCACGUAGCCGUCACCCAGUAGUCGUACUCUUCACUUUUCACUCAUUUGUUCUGUGGCUAAAAGGCUUCGGUUCAGAGUACCCUGACACGAUAGCCCGGUGUCAACACUAGCUACGAUACACUGCCACCUGACCUGGGGACAUGUUUUGUCUAACAUGUUCGUGUUAAUGCGGUAACUGCUGCAUAAAUUGCUCAAAGGCUACCACCUUAGCAUGUUAGCAAUGUGCAGUACCGUUGGCUCCUCCGGGUCUGAGGAAACAACCAGGAGAGCGGGUUGGGAGAGGAAGGGAGCGAGGGCACAAGGGACAGUUGGAGGGGCUUUGCGUCUCGGGGGGGGGGGGCUGUGGCCCGCCCCAUGCCUACCAUCGACUGGACGGGAACUAGGUAUGGUUGGCGAAGAGGCCAGUUUAGAAGCUGUAGAGACUCUGUGUGGUUCUAUUGUGGAUCUAUUGUUGUAUUUUGCACUGAGGCCUUGGACUGCCUGCCUGCCAGCCAUGCGUGGAGAGAAGAGAGGGGGGGAGAGACGGAGGGCUGGCCUGCCCUCACUUCCUGUGGCUGCUGCUGCCGACUGUGGAAACUACUGUUUUAUCUGUGUACUGUAUCGUCCAGCUCGGCCUGGGUUUGCUCCCAGGGGAGUCACUGGGGGGGGGGGGGAGGGGGACAUUGUUGUAAGUGAUACAGUGGUUCAACUCUCAUUCAAUACUUGUUUACCAGGCUAUGUCAUUGCAUUAGCUGCAAUCAUGUGUUUAGCGGUGAGAGGAUGCAUUUUGGGAUUGGUGCGUAUAGUAUCAAAGCACUUUUGUGUCGACCUUGAGAGCACAGUCAGUUUGAUGAAGAAACCCAGACUUGACCUAGGCUACAAUGCACCCGAUUAUCUCUAUUGAAGAUUCAAAAGGUAACAAAUUGAAUAUCUAGCGUGAAUCUGAAUGCUUAGCAUAUCUUUUUUCCCCCACCCCUUUUCACAAGCAUAUCAUUCGGUUGUGAAUCAGGUGUUCCAUUCUCCAUAUGAACCACGGUGCUUGCUUGUUCCUUAGAAUUCACGAUGCUCUUGGUUAUUCUUAGACGGGGGUUCAUCCACACUCUCAUCCACACUUUGGGGUGCAGGUCUGUGGCGGGAAGGAGAAAUUGGAAGGAAGAAAAACAUUUCACCUACAGUACACUGUGAUAUCAGUAUUUAUAUUGGUGUCCUAAGCAUGAUGAGUAUGGCAAAGUGAUGUAAAUGGGUAAAUACAUGCCAACCAGUUUUCAUCACUGUAGUUAGCAUUCUGACAUACUGUAAGACAAUAGCACUUUAGCAGGAGUGCUAUCCAAGUUAUUAAUAGGGGAUUUUAGGAUAUAAAUCUUACAAGGUACCGUACAUUGGACCGUCCAGUGUUCACUUAAAGGGGAAUAUAGUGUUCUAUUCAAAUGUUUUGGGGGGACAAUGCAGUUUACAGAUGUAAAAUCUAGCAGGACAGAGACCACUAGCCUUCAUCUAGGUUACAUUUCACAGCAAGGUAUCAAAUGUACUGUACAUACUACUUACUGUGUAACUAAAAUGUUUCUACAUGUUAUUACAAAGUAAUUCUUGUGGAAAUGACUUUGUCGCUUUGUUUUCUUUUUUUUCUUAAACUGUUGUAAAUGUAAACGAGCAUAACAUAAACCCAGACCCAUUUGUUAUUUUUUUGGCAUAACACGGUACUUUGUUGGGGCUUAUGUAUUUCUAUGAGCGGCUGGGUAUUGUUUUUAGUGUUAGCCCAGCAUUCGAAGUGCAUCCUCAACAAUUCUGUGUCAGAUUCUGUUGAGACACACCUAGAUGUGGACUUGGAAAGCACGGCUGUAGCCGGAGAAACGCACUUUGGCAUGCUUGUCGGAGCUGACCGAAAAUACAGACAUUUCGUUAGCUAGGUAGCCUACUGUACACGUUUUACAAUUUUCUCUUGCUCAGUGUGUGUCCAGUCAGAACUUGUUUGUCAUUGGUGCCAUUCUUGUGCAUUGUGUCACUUAAAGUAGAGGGGCGAUCUCGUGUUACGAUCGUCGUCACUGAAUUGUGUGCGUGUGUUGGAAAAAAUAAAAUGUUGCAA